ACCGUCAUCCUUCUGCAGGCCACGGUCAGAGUGAGCAGUCAGUGAAUCUUCCCCAAGCGCUGACAUUUAAUACCUGGUUUAGCGGCAAAGAUUCAGAGAGGGGUGAGCAGCGCCCCUGGCCUUCAGGUAAAAGAUCUAUCCACGAUCAGAAAAUAUGUCACUACAAAUGGUAACAGUCGGUAAUAACAUAGCCUUAAUUCAACCAGGCUUCUCAUUAAUGAAUUUUGAUGGGCAAGUUUUCUUCUUUGGCCAAAAAGGCUGGCCCAAAAGGUCCUGCCCCACUGGAGUUUUCCAUUUUGAUGUAAAGCAUAACCAUCUCAAACUGAAGCCUGCAGUUUUCUCUAAGGAUUCCUGCUACCUUCCUCCUCUUCGUUACCCAGCCACUUGCACAUUCAAAGGCAACUUAGAGUCUGAAAAGCAUCAGUACAUCAUCCAUGGAGGGAAAACACCAAACAAUGAGCUUUCAGAUAAGAUUUAUAUCAUGUCUGUUUUUUGCAAGAACAACAAAAAAGUUACUUUUCGCUGCACAGAGAAAGACUUGGUAGGAGAUGUUCCUGAAGGCAGGUAUGGUCAUUCCAUUGAUGUGGUGUAUAGUCGCGGAAAAAGUGUGGGUGUUCUCUUUGGAGGGCGGUCAUACAUACCUUCUGCCCAAAGAACCACAGAAAAAUGGAACAGUGUAGCUGACUGCCUGCCCCAUGUUUUCUUGGUGGAUUUUGAAUUUGGGUGCUCUACGUCAUACAUUCUUCCAGAACUUCAGGAUGGGCUAUCUUUUCACGUCUCCAUUGCCAGAAAUGAUACCAUUUAUAUUUUAGGAGGCCAUUCACUUGCCAAUAACAUCCGCCCUGCCAAUCUAUACAGAAUAAGGGUUGAUCUCCCUCUGGGUAGCCCAGCUGUGAAUUGCACAGUCAUGCCAGGAGGAAUCUCUGUCUCCAGUGCAAUCCUGACUCAAAUAAGCAAUGAUGAAUUUGUUAUCAUUGGCGGCUAUCAGCUUGAAAAUCAAAAAAGAAUGGUCUGCAACAUCAUCUCUUUCGAGGACAACAAGAUGGAAAUUCGUGAGAUGGAAACCCCAGAUUGGACCCCAGAUAUUAAGCACAGCAAGAUAUGGUUUGGAAGCAACAUGGGAAAUGGAACUAUUUUCCUCGGCAUACCAGGAGACAAUAAACAGGUUGUUUCAGAAGCAUUCUAUUUCUAUAUGUUGAAAUGUGCUGAAGACGAUGUGAAUGAAGAUCAGAAAACAUUCACAAAUAGUCAGACAUCAACAGAAGACCCAGGGGACUCCACUCCCUUUGAAGACUCAGAAGAAUUUUGUUUCAGUGCAGAAGCAAAUAGUUUUGAUGGUGAUGAUGAAUUUGACACCUAUAAUGAAGAUGAUGAGGAAGAUGAGUCUGAAACGGGCUAUUGGAUUACAUGCUGCCCUACUUGUGAUGUGGAUAUCAACACUUGGGUACCAUUUUAUUCAACUGAGCUCAACAAACCUGCCAUGAUUUACUGCUCUCAUGGAGAUGGGCAUUGGGUCCAUGCCCAGUGUAUGGAUCUGGCAGAAAGCACACUCAUCCAUCUGUCAGAAGGAAGCAACAAAUAUUACUGCAAUGAGCAUGUGGAGAUAGCAAGAGCACUGCAAACCCCCAAAAGAGUUCUACCCUUAAAAAAGCCUCCACUGAAAUCCCUCCACAAAAAGGGUUCUGGGAAAAUUAUUACUCCUGCCAAGAAAUCCUUUCUUAGAAGGUUGUUUGAUUAGUUCAACAAGAGCCUUUCAGAUUCAAGUGCAUCAAAUUUUUAAACCUAUUUUAAAGAAUCAUAACAAUGAUAAAAUUUAUAUUCCUAUUUUUGUUUAUUGAAAAUGUCUAAUGUUUUCUUUUAGUUAUAUGAAUGAAGUGCCAGGGAAAAGUGCUUAUAAUACAAUUCUAACUACAGUCAUUGUAUUUAGACCUAUACAGGACCUAUAACCUAUAUUUUGAAAAUAUUUUACUCAGUUAUAUUAAUGAGAAUUUAUGAUGUGAAUUUUUUAUUCAAGGAAUCUUAAACACAGAAGCAAUAAUAAUAAUCGAGGUAUGCUUAUAUCCCUUAUAGGACUUUGAUAACAAAUAAUCCAUAGAGCAGUUAAAACAAAUUUAACCAGUAAAGAAACUAACACUCAAAGAAAUUAAAUGAAUUAUUUUGUGAGCUAUAGCAAUUUGGUAGUUGACCAAAAAUUAAAACUGAAUCACCUGUAUCCCACACAAAUGUUCUUUGUACACCUCUAAGAUGGCCACUUGACUAUGCCCAUGUACAGAAAACGCUAUGAGGAGCUAGGUAGGUAGGUAGAUAGAUAG